CUCUAUAAUAGUUACUAUCAGGUUGAGUGCCCUGAGUCGAAGUGUUAUGUCCCUGUCCUGAAAACGAGGCGGUCACCACCGGCAAUUCCGGAUUGGUCGGUCACGUUAACCUUGUCAGACGCCAGUCCGGAUACGGAAGCUAUUAUACCGCAUGCAGUAUAGCUUAUCAAUUACUAUACCCAAACAGGAAUGGUUCCUGGUACAUGCCAGCUGAAAGGAGGAAAUGUUACCCGAUUAGGCGAACUGCUUCCAGGAUAGAUUGGUGGUAUAUCAUCUUCACACCCUCCACCGGUCAAGUUGCCGAUUCUUUUGCCUUUUGCAUUGUUUUUCUAUUGUUCUGCAGCCCUCAUUGUACGCUGUGUAUGUUUACUAGCCUAGCUUCUUUCCUCGAAACGAUAUUCCUGUGCGCCGCAACUCGACUCCAUAAACAACUGCUCCGUCCGCCGUUUCAAAUCAUCGUUGCGGGGAACACAAAAACACCGGCGACGUCCUGACUCUCUUCCUUCUUCACCUCCGACUUUUCGCAAUACAGACGAGCAUUAUUUCUGGCUUUCUGCUUUGCAUGGGA